GUGCCCAGAGACAAAGGUUGAGUUCUAACUUGAAAAACCAAUUUUGGCUCUCUCUAUUUCUCUUUCUUCUCUUUCUUCUCUUUCAUUUCCCCUCUCUUGUUGGUUCAAAUUACUCUCUCUCUCUCUCUCUCUCUCUCUCUAAGUUUUAACCCUUAUGAACAUGGAUAUGUGCCAAAAUGUAUCAGUUUCCGGUGAGUGCCAACAAGUGCAGGUUUUUGCCCCUUCUUGCUCAAGCAGCCUUGAUGACCUCUUCUCUGCUCAGAACACGGAAGUGGAUGUUGAGUUGGAGUGGCUUUCAGAAUUUGUUGAAGACUGUUUUUCAAGCCCACCAAGCUGUGUCUUGGUACCUGUUGGUGUUAAGACUACAAGUACAAAAAGCACAAGCACAAGCAUCAACCCUUCUUUGAAGAGACCUCAACAACAAAAUGAGCCACCUUUGCAAAACUUUGCUGUGCCAGGGAAGGCAAGGAGCAAAAGGAAGAGGCUUUCAGCACCAAGAACCAACAAAGACCCUCUAAGCAUAUGGUCACACCAUUUGAACCCUCAAAAUGAGGCCUUGUGUUCUGACCCUCCUCUACUCAAACAGGCUUAUUGGUUGGCAGACAGUGAACUCAUCAUGCCAAAGCCAAAGGAUAAGGAGGAGCAACAAGAAGAGGUUGUGAUCAUGGCCAAAGAGGAUGAAGAAAAAGUGAUUAUUAAUGUGAGCAAGGAAAUAAGCUUUGGGGACUCUGAACUUGAUGAGGGUAGCAAUGGUCAACAACAACCAAUGCCAAGAAGGUGCACACAUUGCUUGGCUCAGAGGACCCCACAGUGGAGGGCAGGACCAUUAGGUCCAAAGACACUAUGCAAUGCAUGUGGAGUGAGGUACAAGUCUGGUAGGUUGCUACCAGAGUAUAGGCCAGCCAAGAGUCCUACUUUUGUGAGCUACUUGCACUCCAAUUCCCACAAGAAAGUCAUGGAGAUGAGGAUGUCUGUUUACUCCAUUUCUAGUGAGCAGUAGUAGUGGUGGUUGUUAGAGGUAUAUUUUUAUGUAAAAAAAAUUGCAAAUUUUAGGAAAAAAACUAUUUGGCAAACAGAGAGAUACUGUUAAGGGGAGUGAUUAGUGCUAUGAUUGAUUAUAGGCACAUUUAUUUACAUGACUUGUUAUCCACUUUCAUUUUGUUCUUC